AUGAGGUUUUCCGCUCUUUUCCUCCUGGCCACUGUGGCCAUUGCUUCUCCUACCAAGCUCCGCCAGAGACGCAACGAGCUGGCUCGUCGUCAGGCUACGGAGAGCUGCCCCAUCGGUUACUGUACCCAGAAUGGGGGCACCACUGGUGGUGCUGGUGGUGACACUGUUACUGUCACUGACCUUGCCGGCCUGACAGAAGCUGCUGAGAGUGAGGGUCCUUUGACUGUUAUUGUCUCUGGUUCGAUCUCCGGUAGUGCUAAGAUCCGUGUUGCUGCGGACAAGACCAUCUACGGUGAAGCUGGCAGCUCCAUCACCGGUGUUGGAUUCUACAUCCGUCAAGUUGAGAAUGUUAUCAUGCGCAACCUGAUGAUUGGCCAGGUUGACGCUGACAAUGGUGACGCCAUUGGUAUCGACGAGUCGUUCAACGUCUGGGUUGACCACUGUGAUCUUUCUGGUGACCUCUCUGGCGGCAAAGAUGACCUGGACGGCCUCCUCGAUAUCACCCACGGCGCUGACUGGAUUACCGUCUCGAACACCUACUUCCAUGACCACUGGAAAGGAACCCUCAUCGGCCACUCCGACUCAAACGAAGACGAAGACCUCGGCGCCCUGCACAUCACCUACGCAAACAACCACUUCUACAACAUCAACAGCCGCGCGCCCCUGAUCCGCUUCGCCACCGUGCACAUCAUCAACAACUUCUGGGACAGCCUGAUCGACACCGGCGUAAACUGCCGCAUGGACGCCCAGGUGCUGAUUCAGUCCUCUGCCUUCGCCAACUGCCCCGACGAGGCUAUCUUCUUUGCCGACUCUGAUUACACUGGAUACGCUGUCGUUGAUGAUGUAGACCUUGGUGGCUCGAGCAACUCGGUUCCUGAGGGUACUCUUACCCCUGACAGCCUGCCGUAUGACCCCAUUGAGGCGCUUGGAUCUGCUCAGAUUGCGAGCGUUAUUCCGGGAACUGCCGGCCAGAAGCUGGGAACCUCGAGCAACAAGAAGUGCUAG